GCAUCUCAGCUGCAGUGGGGACCCGGGGACCCAUCUCUUCCUGACACCCUGAGCUCUGGCUUCGAACCGUGGCCAACAGUCCUAGUGGACCACGUGGACCCGUGAGCUCAGGAGCCUCGGACGCUGUCCCGGAGAGCCAAGCUGGUGUUCGAGGUGGCGCCUCCAGGGUCCAGCCUGCUGCCCAACAGCCCCGCGGCCACCAGGGGGCCGUCCCUGGCCCGGCUGUGUGCCCUGGUGGACCUGUGUCUGGGCUGCUCCCGCUGCACCCAGCGGCUCAAUGAAAGCACCUACGUCCUCCGCAGGGUGGAGCAUGACUGCUCCCACGAGAUCCUGCUGGCCCGCUUCAAGCAGGCCACCAAAAGCAAGGUCUGGCGCAUGGUGGGCUGCCGGCCCACCUUCCCAAGGCCCUUGUGCUACCAAGUCUGUCGCUACUAUAGCCCUGGGCUCGGCUGCCGGCGCCACCGAAACCGGUGCACCUUUGCCCGCAGUCGCGAGGAAGCCCUGGUCUGGACCUUUGAGCGUCAGCACAACCUCCAGCGCCUGUGGCUGAAGGCGGAGGUGCAGGGCGGUGGGGCCCAGGGAGGGGCAGGCCGGGCGGCUGAUGCCAUCCUCACAGAGUUUGGCGGCCGCUUCGAGCUGCUCUGCUCCCUCUGCUUCAGGCGCUGCCCCCCACGUGUCUGUCGCGUGGACCCCCAGGGGCAGUGCCCUGAGCACGGAGCCUGCCCCUCCCUCCUGGCCCAUGUGAGCGCUGAGGGCCGCCGCAAGCAACAGUUUGUGACGGUGAGGCCACAGCCCCGGGCUGGCCAGCCUCCCGCCUACUGCAGGUUUGUGGGGCGCGGGCAGCCAUGCUGGCGUGGGGAGUCCCGCUGCCAAUUCGCACACAGCGCCGUGGAGAUGGCUGUGUGGGAGGCCGAGCAGCUGGGUGGUCUCCAGCGGGGGGACCUGCUCACACCCCCUGCCCCUGAUGGCGACGGGCGCACGGUCCCCCUCGGCCAGCCCCCUGGGGCCCAGCUGUACUGCCCAGCCUGCUUGGUCACCUGCCACUCUCAGGAGGCCUUCGAGAACCACUGCGCAUCCUCGGAACACGCACAGAUGGUGGCCUUCGACCAGGCCGUGCCCUGGGAGCACCGUUCCCCACCCCCGGGACUCUCCAAGUUCGAGCUCUGCCCAAAGCCUGACCUCUGUGAGUAUGGCGACGCCUGCACCAAGGCGCACUCAGCACAGGAGCUGCAGGAGUGGAUCCAGCGCAGGCGGGCUGUGGAGCUGCGGGGGCAGGCGGCCUGGCAGGAUGGGCUGGUGCCCUACCAGGAGCGGCUGCUGGCCGAGUACCAGCGCAGCAGCAGUGAGGUCCUUGUGCUGACAGAGACCCUUGAUGGAGUGCGUGUCACCUGCAACCAGCCCCUGAUGUAUCAGGCCCAGGAGAGGAAGACCCAGUACAGCUGGACGUUUGCCGUCCACUCUGAGGAACCCCUGCUACAUGUGGCCCUGCUGAAGCAGGAGCCUGGAGCCAACUUCUCCCUGGUGGCUCCCGGCCUCCCGUCGGGCCGGCUCUACGCACGGGGUGAGCGCUUCCGUUUGCCCAGCUCCGCUGCCGACUUCCAGGUCGGAGUGAGUGUGCAGGCCGCCUCCUUUGGCACCUUUGAGCAAUGGGUGGUCUUCGACUUUGGCCGCCGGCCGGUGCUGCUGCGGAAGCUGGGGCUGCAGCUGGGCCAGGGGCGUCACCCAGAACCCUGCAGCAGUCUGGCGCUCGGCCACCCUGAGGAGAUGGAGCGCUGGCACACUGGCAACCGCCACGUGGUGCCUGCCGUGGAGCGGACGGCCGAGCAGACAGCCCUGAUGGCCAAGUACAAGGACCCUGCCCUGGCCCUAGAGUUCAACCGCAGCGGCCUGGCCUCGGGCCCCAUCUCACCAACAAACUAUCGGCAGAGGAUGCACCAGUUUCUCUAUGAGGAGGAGACAGCUCAGCAGCAGCUGGUGGCCAAGCUGACCCUGCGGGGCCCGGUGUUCCUGAAGACGGCAUUGCAGACGCCAGCGCUGAACAUGCUCUUCGCGCCUCCGGGAGCACUGUACGCAGAGGUCCCCGUCCCCCCGUCCCUGAUGCCAGACACAGACCAGGGCUUCCUGCUGGGCCGGGCGGUCAGCACAGCCCUGGUGGCCCCCGUCCCCGCACCCAACAAUGCAGUGUUCGAGGUGCGGCUGGAGAAGCGGGCCAGCUCGGAGCAGGUGCUGUGGCUGCUGCUUCCCGCCCGCUGCUGCUUGGCCCUGGGGCUGCAGCCUGAGGCCCGCCUGGUCCUGGAGGUGCAGUUCCAGAUUGACCCGAUGACCUUCCGCCUCUGGCACCAGGCAGUGGACACGCUGCCUGAGGAGCAGCUGGUGGUGCCUGACUUGCCCACCUGCGCCCUGCCCAGACCUUGGUCUGUCCCACCCUUGCGGCGUGGCAACCGCAAGCAGGAGCUGGCCGUGGCGCUCAUCGCGGGCUGGGGCCCUGGGGAUGGGAAGCGUGUCCCCCCACUGCUCAUCUAUGGCCCCUUUGGCACCGGCAAGACCUACACGCUGGCCAUGGCCUCCCUCGAGGUCAUCCGGAGGCCUCAAGCCAAGGUGCUCAUCUGCACACACACCAACAGCGCUGCCGACAUCUACAUCCGGGAGUAUUUCCACAGCCACGUCAGCAGCGGCCACCCCGAGGCCACUCCUCUCCGUGUGAUGUACACGGACCGGCCACUGAGCCACACGGACCCGGUCACGCUGCAAUACUGUUGCCUGACUGACGACCACCAGGCUUUCCGCCUGCCCACGUGGGCAGAGCUGGCACGGCACCGGGUGGUGGUCACCACCACCUCCCAGGCCCGCGAGCUCAGGGUGCCGGUCGGCUUCUUCUCCCACAUUCUCAUCGACGAGGCGGCCCAGAUGCUGGAGUGUGAGGCCCUCACCCCGCUGGCCUACGCCUCGCGCAGCACCCGCCUCGUGCUGGCAGGCGACCACAUGCAGGUCACGCCCCGGCUCUUCAGUGUUGCCAGGGCCCGGGCGGCCGAGCACACGCUGCUGCACCGCCUCUUCCUGUACUACCAGCAGGAGACGCACGAGGUGGCACGGCAGAGCCGCCUGGUCUUCCAUGAGAACUACCGCUGCACGGAAGCCAUCGUCAGCUUCGUCUCCCGGCACUUCUACGUGGCCAAGGGCAACCCCAUCCACGCCAGGGGCAAGGUUCCGCCCCACCCCCGGCACUACCCACUCAUGUUCUGCCACGUGGCGGGCAGCCCAGACCGGGACAUAUCCAUGACGUCCUGGCUGAAUCUGGCUGAGAUUGCCCAGGCCGUCGAGAAGGUGCAGGAGGCCUACAACACCUGGCCCAGCUGCUGGGGUGUCCGUGAGCAGAGGCACAUCUGCGUCGUGUCCCACGGUGCUCAGGUCAGUGCACUGAGGCAGGAGCUGAGGAGGCGGGACCUAGGCCAGGUGUCUGUGGGCAGUUUUGAGAUCCUGCCAGGGCGGCAGUUCCGGGUGGUGGUGCUCAGCGCGGUGCACACCUGCCAGAGCCUGCUCAGCCCCGGGGCACCGGCCCCCGAGUUCUUCACCGACGCCCGCGUGCUCAACACCGUCCUGACCCGCGCCCAGUCCCAGCUGGUGGUAGUGGGGGACGCCGUGGCCCUCUGCUCCUUCGGGGCCUGUGGCAAGCUCUGGGAGAGCUUCAUCCGCGAGUGCGUGGACCGGCGCAGCGUCUGCCCCGAGGGCCUGUCCAUGGAGCAGGUGGAGCAGGGCGUGGCGCAGAGACGGCGCUGGCCUCCCCGAGGCACACGAGCUGGGGCAGCGGGGAACUGGGAGGCUGCCCCGGAGCCAGCAGGGGACCCGGCCGAGGAACCAGCGACUGUGGUGACGGCCACAGUGAAGGCAGAGCCGGGAGAUGAGGCUCUGAGCCCAGCCUCCGGUGACAUCACGGCAACCCCAGCGCAGACGGAGGCUGCGGCAGCGCCAGCAGGAGACGCAGUGAAGGAGGACCUGCGGAGGCUGCUGCGUGCGGAGCCGGAGCGGUACCGUCCCUGCACCUUCGUGCAGGAGACCUUUGAGCGGGCGUCCGCCAUCCCGCUGGACGACGCCUCCUCGGGCCCCAUCCAGGUCAGGGGCCGCCUGGACUGUGGGAUGGCCUUCACCGGGGAUGAGGUGCUGGUGCAGCUCCUUUCGGGAGACAGGGCCCCCGAGGGGCGGCUUCGGGGCCGCGUGCUGGGCGUGCUGAAGAGGCGGCGGCAGGAGCUGGCGUUCGUGUGCCGCAUGGACAGGUGGGACCCGCGCAUCAUGGUCCCCAUCAAUGGCUCCGUGACCAAGAUCUUUGUGGCCGAGCUGAAGGACCCGUCGCGGGUCCCCGUCUACGGCCUCCGGAAGGGCCGGCUGCAGCGUGUGGGGCUUGAGAGGCUCACGGCGGAGGCGCGGCACAGCCGGCUCUUCUGGGUCCACAUUGUCCUGUGGCGGCCGGGCUUCUACUACCCGCUGGGCAUCGUCCGGGAGGUGCUGCCUGAGGCCAGCACCUGGGAGCAGGGCCUCCGCAUCCUUGGCCUGGAGUACAGCUUGAGGGUGCCCCCGUCGGACUUGGCUGCCAUCACCAAGGCACUGCAGAAAUACCAGUCGGAGCUUGGCCGGGUUGCCGGCCGCCGAGAGGACUGCCGCGCCUUCCUGACCUUCACUGUGGACCCCCAGGGCGCCUGCAACCUCGAUGAUGCCCUCAGUGUCCGAGACCUGGGUCCCCGGUGCGAGGUGGCUGUGCACAUCACUGAUGUUGCCAGCUUCGUGCCCAGGGACGGGGUGCUGGACGUGGAGGCCCGAAGGCAGGGUGCUGCGUUCUAUGCCCCUGGCAGGGAACCAGUGCCCAUGCUGCCUGCCAGCCUCUGCCAGGACAUCCUCAGCCUCCUGCCGGGCCGGGACCGCCUGGCCAUCUCCCUGUUCCUCACCAUGGAGAAAGCCAGUGGCCAGCUGAAGAGCCUGCACUUUGCACCCUCCGUGGUCCGCUCUGACCGCCAGCUGUCCUACGAGGAGGCAGAGCAGGUGAUCAGGCAGCACCCGGGUGCCGGCCGUGAGCUGCCAGCCCACCUGGACUCUGUGGACGCCUGCGUCGUGGCCGCGUGCUACUUCUCUCGGCUGCUGCGCCGGCACCGCCUGCAGUCUGACUGCUUCUACGAGCAGCCGGACGAGGACAGCACCCUGGGCUUCCGCGCGGCCCACAUCAUGGUGAAGGAGUACAUGGUUCAGUUUAACAGGCUUGUGGCAGAGUUCCUGGUGGGCAGCGAACGCACGCGGACGGUCACGCCUCUGCGGUGGCAGCCAGCACCCCACAGCCAGCAGCUCAAGGCCCUGUGUGAGAAGCAUGGGGAGCGGGUGCCCCUGUCACUGCACCUCAGCCACCACCUGCGUGGCGGUGGGGGCAGCGCCCCCGACACACAGCUGCACCUCCUGGCCUCCCUCUGGAAGCAGGUCCAGUUUGCCGCCCGCACUCAGGACUACGAGCAGAUGGUGGAUUUAGUCACCACGGACGACAUGCACCCGUUCCUGGCUCCUGCAGGCCGUGACCUCCGCAAGGCCUUGGAGCGCUCGGCGUUCGGCCGCUGCACCUGGGGCCACCAGCAGCAGGGUGGUCACUACUCGCUGCAGGUGGAAUGGUACACAUGGGCCACCUCGCCCAUCCGCAGGUACCUGGACGUGGUGUUGCAGCGGCAGAUCCUGCUGGCACUGGGCCAUGGGGGCUCCGCCUACUCUGCCAGGGACAUUGAUGGGCUCUGCCAGGGCUUCAGCCUCCAGCAUGCACUUGCCCAGAGCUAUCAGCGGCGGGCGCAGAGCCUGCACCUGGCCGUGCAGCUCAAGGCUCAGCCUCUGGACAAGCUGGGCUUCGUGGUGGAUGUGGAGGCAGGCUCCCGCUGCUUCCGGCUGCAAUUCCCCAGCAACCGGGAGACGCUGCCCGACCCCUGCCCCGUUCCCUACAGCUCCCUGCAGCUGGCCGAGCACCCCCGCGCCCUGGCAGGCCGGCCGGGCAUGCAGCUCCUGUGGCGGCGCCGUGUCUACUCAGUGCAGGGAUCCGGCCCGCCCUUGCCACUGCCUGGCACUGUGCUGGACCCACACACCUGGGCCGUGGAGACGGCUCUGUGGAAGCAGCUGCUGGCGCUGGUGGAGCUGCAGCGCUGGCCGGAGGCGGCUGCUCUCAUCCAGGAGAAGGGUGAGGCGUCCCCACGGCGGGGGCUGGUGCAGGUGCAGCGGAGCCGCUGUGGCCAUUUCCUGGAGGUGGCCCGGGAGCUGGGCAGUGGGGACACCCUGCAGGUGCAGCUCGGCGCCAGCCUGCAGCACGGCUUCCUGGUACCAAGCCCUCAGCUCUGGACUGUGGCACCUGGCUUCAGCCUCUGCCUGGAGCACGUGGAGCGGCCCGGAGACUGCUUCCUGGGCCACGUGUACCAGGCCCCGCGGGACCGCUAUCGCGACGUGGAUGAGUACGCCUGUGUGUGGGAGCCAUUCUGCGCUCUGGAGUCGGCCACUGGUGCAGUUGCUGAGAACGACGCUGUCACACUUCAGCACCUGAGUGUUUCCUGGGAUGUGUCACGGAUGCCGCAGGGGCAGCUGCAGGGCGCCUUCCGCCUGGAGGCCGCCUUCCUCGAGGAGAACUGUGUCGACAUCAACCUCAGUUGCUGCUACCUCUGCAUCCGGCUCGAGGGGCUGCCGGCUCCCACGGCCAGCCCACGCCCCGGGCCCAGCAGCCUCGGCCCUGGCCUGAGUGUCGACCCCGGCACAUACACCUGGGUGGCCCACGGGCAGACGGAGGACUGUGACCAGGAGCGCCGGGCAGACCGGCAGGAGGCUCCCAGACUGGUACACCUCUUCAUCCACCACAUGGGCAUGGAGAAGGUUCCAGAAGAGGUGCUGAGGCCAGGCACCCUGUUCACCGUUGAGCUGCUGCCCAAGCAGCUUCCUGAUCUCCGCAAGGAGGAAGCCGUGCGUGGGCUAGAGGAGGCGUCCCCGCUGGUCACCAGCAUCGCACUGGGCCGGCCUGUCCCGCAGCCCCUCUGCAGAGUGAUCCCCAGCAGGUUCCUGGAGCGGCAGACCUAUGACAUCCCCGGAGGCCGCCACAAGCUGAACCCCAGCCAGAACAGGGCGGUCAGGGAGGCUCUGGAGAAGCCUCUCACAGUCAUCCAGGGCCCGCCAGGUACAGGGAAGACGAUCGUGGGCCUCCACAUCAUAUUCUGGUUUCAUAAAUCAAACCAGGAGCAGGUGCAGCCCGGAGGCUCCCCCCAUGGGGAGACGCAGCUGGGGGGUCCCUGCAUCUUGUACUGUGGCCCCUCCAACAAGUCGGUGGAUGUCCUGGCAGAACUGCUCCUGAGAAGGAUGGACCUGAAGCCCCUCCGGGUGUACAGCGAGCAGGCCGAGGCCAGCGAGUUCCCAGUGCCGCGCCUGGGCAGCAGGAAGCUGCUCAGGAGGAACCCCCGGGAGGGGAGGCCGAACCAGAGCCUCAGGAGCAUCACCCUGCACCAUCGGAUCCGGCAGGCCCCCAACCCGUACUCGUCGGAAAUCAAGGCCUUUGACACCCGGCUGCAGAGCGGGGAGCUUUUCUCCAGGGAGGACCUGGUCUUGUACAAGAAGGUCUUGUGGGAGGCUCGGAAGUUCGAGCUGGACCGGCACGAGGUCAUCCUCUGCACCUGCUCCUGUGCAGCCUCCGCCAGCCUCAAAACCCUGGAUGUGAGGCAGAUCCUUGUUGAUGAGGCAGGCAUGGCCACAGAACCUGAAACCCUCAUCCCCCUGGUGCGGUUCCCACAGGCCGAGAAGGUGGUUCUUCUUGGAGACCACAAGCAGCUGCGGCCUGUGGUCAAGAACGAGUGGCUGCAAAACCUGGGUCUGGACCGGUCUCUGUUCGAGCGGUACCACGAGGACGCACACAUGCUGGACACUCAGUACCGCAUGCACGAGGGCAUCUGUGCCUUCCCCUCAAUGGCAUUCUACAAGAGCAGGCUGAAGACGUGGCAGGGCCUGAAGAGGCCGCCCAGUGUCCUGGGCCACGCUGGCAAGGAGAGCUGCCCUGUCAUCUUUGGCCACGUGCAGGGCCACGAGCGGAGCCUGCUGGUGUCCACGGAUGAAGGGAAUGAGAACUCCAAGGCCAACCUGGAGGAGGUGGCUGAGGUGGUCCGUAUCACCAAGCAGCUGACCCUGGGGAGGACCAUAGAGCCCCAGGACGUCGCCGUCCUCACGCCCUACAACGCGCAGGCCUCUGAGAUCAGCAAGGCCCUUCGGCGAGAGGGCAUCACUGGGGUGGCCGUGUCCUCCAUCACCAAGAGCCAGGGGAGCGAGUGGCGCUAUGUGCUGGUGAGCACCGUCCGCACCUGUGCCAAGAGCGACCUGGACCAGCGGCCCACCAAGAGCUGGCUCAAGAAGUUUCUGGGCUUCGUUGUGGACCCCAACCAAGUGAACGUGGCUGUCACGCGGGCCCAGGAGGGGCUCUGCCUGAUCGGAGACCACCUUCUCCUGCGCUGCUGCCCCCUCUGGCGUAGCCUCCUGGACUUCUGUGAGGCUCAGCAGAGCCUCGUGCCUGCCGGCCAGGUGCGCGUCUGCAGGAGGCCAACUAUGCCUUCCUGAAGAGCCCUCCCCACCCGCAAGCUGCCAGGACUGGGAGGGCAAGUCCAGGGCCCCCCAACCUCCCCAUCGCCCUCCACCAUCAGCCUGCCUGGGCCAGCCUGCCUCCUGGCCUCGGGCUCUCCCUGGGGCGGGAAGUGGGCAGACUUGGAGGAGGAGGAACGGCGAGGGCCGGUCCCCACACCCCUGCUUCUCCUGGGCAUCUGGGGACAAAGACACCUCUCAGGGUGGCCAAAAGGGGCUUCUCUGGGACCAGUGCACGGUAGUUCUGCUGUCCCUGGGAAGUCUCAGAACCAGGAAGGAAACCCUAUGGAGGCUGCCCUUUGACCUUUUGAUGCCACCUGUGAUCACUCUGGAUGGCGUCUGUGGAGUUCAGGUUUAUUCUGUAUUUAAAUGAACUCAAAGCCAGCAUCCUGCCGGGCGUGUUAGCUCAUGCCCGUAAUCCAGCACUUUGGGAAGCCAAGGCGGGGGGAUAACCUGAGGUCAGGAGUUCGAGACCAGCCUGGCCAACAUGGUGAAACCCUGUCUCCACUAAAAAUACAAAAUUAGCUGGGCGUGGUGGCGUGCACCUGUAAUCCCAGCUACUUGGGAGGCUGAGGCAGGAGGAUCCCUUGAGCCCAGGAGGUCGAGGCUGCAGUGAGCUGUGAUUGCACCACUGAACUCCAGCUUGGAGACCCUGUC